AUUCGUGUUUCAUAUCCACCUAAACCAUAAGUCCUAUUGGCUCAAAUGCAACAUAUGCCUCAUAAUGCCAUCUCACCCUUCCUCCAAAAGGUCUAUAUAUAUCUUUGGUUUCUCUGUGUCUCAAUAUCACAUUCUCAUCUCUAACCACUUUGCUUCAGCUAUGGAGUUUCGUUGCCUUCCAUUGGUUUUCUCUCUCAAUCUGAUCCUGAUGACAGCUCAUGCUGCCAUACCUCCAGAAGUUUACUGGGAAAGGAUGCUUCCAAAUACCCCAAUGCCCAAAGCAAUCAUAGACUUUCUAAACCUUGAUCAACUUCCUCUUUGGUAUGGUGCUAAGGAAACCCAAUCAACAGAUCAAAUAUUCCUGUAUGAUGCUAAGAAAACCCAAUCAACAGAUCAAGUUCCUCCUAUCUUUUAUGGUGAUAAGAAAACCCAAUCAACAGAUGAAGUUCCUCCUAUCUUUUAUGGUGCUAAGAAAACUCAAUCAAUAGAUGGAGUUCCUCCUAUCUUUUAUGGUGCUAAGAAAACCCAAUCAACAGAUGAAGUUCCUCCAUACUUUUAUGGUGCUAAGAAAAUCCAAUCAACAGAUGAAGUUCCUCCUAUCUUUUAUGGUGCUAAGAAAACCCAAUCAACAGAUCAAAUUCCUCCUUUUUUUUCUUAUGGUGCUAAGAAAACCCAAUCAACAGAUCAAGUUCCUCCUUUUUUUUAUGGUGCUAAGAAAACCCAAUCAACAGAUCAAGUUCCUAUCUUUUAUGGUGCUAAGAAAACUCAAUCAACAGAUCAAGUUCCUAUCUUUUAUGGUGCUAAGAAAAUCCAAUCAACAGAUCAAACUCCUCUUUUUUUAUAUGGUGCUAAGAAAACCCAAUCCGAAGAUCAAGUUCCUAUUUUUUGGUACGGUGUUAAGAAAACUCAAUCCGAAGAUCAACCUCCUCUUUGGUACGGUGUUAAGAAAACCUAUGUUGCAAAAAGAAGUCUUUCACAAGAAGAUGAAACGAUCCUUGUUGCUAAUGGUCAUCAACAUGACAUCCCAAAAGCAGACCAAGUUUUCUUUGAAGAAGGAUUAAGGCCUGGCACAAAAUUGGAUGCUCACUUCAAGAAAAGAGAAAAUGUAACCCCAUUGUUGCCUCGCCAAAUUGCACAACAUAUACCGUUGUCAUCAGCAAAGAUAAAAGAAAUAGUUGAGAUGCUUUUUGUGAACCCAGAGCCAGAGAAUGUUAAGAUUCUAGAGGAAACCAUUAGUAUGUGUGAAGUGCCUGCAAUAACUGGAGAAGAAAGAUAUUGUGCAACUUCAUUAGAGUCCAUGGUAGAUUUUGUCACUUCUAAGCUUGGGAAGAAUGCUCGAGUUAUUUCUACAGAAGCAGAAAAGGAAAGUAAGUCCCAAAAAUUCUCGGUGAAAGAUGGAGUGAAGUUGUUAGCAGAAGAUAAGGUCAUUGUUUGUCAUCCUAUGGAUUACCCAUAUGUUGUGUUUAUGUGUCAUGAGAUAUCAAAUACUACUGCGCAUUUUAUGCCUUUGGAGGGAGAAGAUGGAACCAGAGUUAAAGCUGCAGCUGUAUGCCACAAAGACACAUCAGAAUGGGAUCCAAACCAUGUGUUUUUACAAAUGCUUAAAACCAAGCCUGGAGCUGCUCCAGUGUGUCACAUCUUCCCUGAGGGCCACCUUCUCUGGUUUGCCAAAUAGGUUACUUAAGUCUUUAUUUGUUAGUGUGUCCUUAAAUAAGUAGGCAUUUCCAUAUUGCAUCUGAUGUACUAUAUCAGCCUACAAUGUAUUUCUCUAUGUUUGAAAUUGUGAUCUACCUUAAUGGCAUCAUAAUGUAGUGAUUAUGUUGUUGUGAUGUAUUACAUAUGUAUUAAUGUAACCAUGUUAUGCGACUUUUCUUUU